AUAACAUUUCAAUACACAACAACAGUCAAACACCGCGUACACAAUUACUAUAAGCCCCACGGCACCCUUUAACCGCCGCACACCCCUCCUCUAUAUCAGUAAGAGUAAUGCUCUCCUCUAUAUAUAUCUCCCAUACGUCUCUCUUUUCUUCCACAACUCAAACUCACUCUCUCUCGCUCACUCAAUCUCUGCACUGCAAAACACCCAUCCUCAAACUCAUACAUACAAUAAAACCCUGUUAACUGUUAAUCUGUAGAUAUAUAAAUUCACAGAGAGAGAAACUCGUGAAUACUCAUAGAUAUAUGCCAACAAAAAGUAUGAGGAGUGUUUUCUUCUCUCCAUCAAGGCCUUCAUCACCUUCACACUCUUACGCUUCUUCUUCUUCCCCUCCAACGCCUCGACAAAGCUUUUCUGCUGCGAUGAUGGACGAAAACAUUUCAUAUGCACAAUCAAUCAUCAUGAAAUGGAACCUCGAAACUUUCUCGUACUCUAAAGUGGCUUCGCUAUUCAGCGAGGACCGUAGAGAGGCCAAGGAGUUCAUGAUGGCGGUGAAGGAUCUGCAAUCUGCAAUGCAUUUCUUUGUUAAGGAGGACUCAAGUUCUGAAAAGCUUAUCCGUUGUCAAAACUUGAUGCAAAUAGCCAUAAAGAGGCUUGAGAAAGAGUUNUUUUCUCCAGUCUCCAAUAACAUUUCAAUACACAACAACAGUCAAACACCGCGUACANUCGCAGAGAUUUGCAAAGAACCAGCUCUCACUCUCUUUGGUUUCCCCGAAAUGGUAGCAAAAUGCAAGAAAUCUCCGGAGAAAAUGUUCCGGAUGCUGGACCUCUACGAGUCCAUUUCGGAACUCUGGCCUGAAAUUGAAUCAAUAUUUUCACUCGAAUCACUCACUUCCGUAAGAUCACAGGCCGUGAACUCACACCUCAAACUCGGCGAGGCCGUCCGUGCAAUAUUGUCGGACUUUGAGACGGCGAUCCAGAAGCAAUCGUCCAAAUCAACGCUCCCCGGAGGCGGAGUUCAUCCACUGACUCGCUACGUGAUGAACUACAUCGUUUUCCUCUGCGAGUACAGCGGAAGUCUCUCCGACAUCGUCGCCGACUACUCGUUGUCCGCACAAACACCGUUGCCGGAAUCUUACUUCUCGAGCCCCAUCCCCGACGGAAGUCCGACGUCUGCGAUCUCCGAGAGAUUGGCGUGGCUUAUCCUUGUUCUUCUCUGCAAACUCGACGGCAAAGCCGUGGUCUACAAGGACGUGUCUCUGUCGUACCUGUUCCUCGCCAACAACCUAAACUACGUCGUUUCAAAGGCCCGAACAACGAGCUUGACGCUUUUAUUGGGAUCAGACUGGUUCAUAAACCACGAGAUUAAAGUGAAACAGUACAUAUCAAACUACGAAAGAAUGGGAUGGAGCAAGGUGAUGACGUCACUACCUGAGAACCCAACAGCUGAGAUUUCAGUAGAGGCGGCGAAGGAGUGUUUCACAAAAUUCAAUUCUGGUUUCGAAGAAGCUUACCGGAAACAGAGUUCUUGGGCUAUAGCAGACCCGAAAUUACGAGAUGAGAUCAAAGUUUCGGUGGCGAAGAAGAUUUUGCCGGUUUAUCGGGACUUUUACGAGAAGUAUCGGGGAAUAUUUCGGAGGGAAAUGGGUGUAGAGUUAGUGGUCAGAUUUCCCCCUGACGAUUUGGGACAUUACCUGUCGGAUUUGUUUCACGGCACCGUAGUUUCUGGAAGCGCGACCUCGGAAUAA